UGGACGUGUGCAGUUUCAGCUGUAUGGGUCGUCUGCUGAGGUUCGGCUUCUCUGCCAUGUUUGGUUUCGGUGGGCGGACGCUCGCUUUGGCAGAGAGACACCGCUGGAUGCCACCCAGCCAGCGCCGCGAGUUCGCUCUCAUUAAAACACUGGCAAAGCUCAAACCUGAAGACUGUGAACUGUCCUUUUUAACCGCCAAAGAAGCUGACGAUCAUAAAAAGUGAAGGUGACUGGCAAAGCAGAAAUGGUCUGUUCCUCAAUAUCAGCAUCAUGGCUAUUCCCUGCCUGUGCUCCAUGGCCCCCAGAGGCCUGGCUCCAAACACCAGGCUGAACAACGGCAGUAUGGCGCUGAUAUCAGUUGGCAACACCUCCAGGUCAGAGUUCAUCAAGCACUUGAAGAGAUACAACAGCACAAACAACCAGUUUGGUUUCUCCUUCAUUGAGACUCACAGCGUGAAGGCGGUCAGACUCCGGCCAAGCUCUCAGAGCAGCUGGACUGAUGACGUUUCAGAGGAAACGAAGAGAGCGAUUCAAAAAGCACACCCAUCAUCUCCUCUGAAGGAACGUACCCCUGGAACAUCGACGGAGAUCUGCUGGACGUCUCGUCUGAGCUCCUCAUCAGAGUUCACCCUCAGCUCCUCACACUCUUCGGAUCAGACGUGGAGGAGGCCGAGGAGACGCCGGUGAAAUGCAGCUGUAUCUGAACACACACUCACACACGCACGCACAGAAACUGCACAGAGAAAUGCUUUAACAUGUAUAGAGACCAUUUUAUGACAACACAAAAACACACACAGUACAUUCCAGUGCAUAAAAACUUAAAUUAAACCAAAGUACAUUUUUUUAAACAUAAAUUUGUAUCAUUUUUAAAAACUUAACUUAAUAAAAAUACACACAAAAAAAGCAAUGUGCUUUUUAUGCAUACCAUUCCCUGAACUGU